CUGCCACCGAGCGUGACGGACGUGCGCAUCAUGUGCUCCAACGGAGCGGUAUCAGCGGCCCAGCUUGGCCGUGGAAACAGGUUUGCUGGCUCGAGUGACCAGGAUUAUGAAGUUAUUUUGCCGCGGCUACCAACAGGUCGAAUUGUUGCAAAUACGCUUUUUUUGCACGCCGACGUCAGAGCAAGGCCCUACAAGGUCGAGGAUUUUCGCGACGCACUGGUUCGUUUGGCACUUCUCACCGAGGUUGUCGCCUUGGGGGCGUACCAGAUGAAUCACAUCUGGGCUAUCACGUUCAAGAGUGUUGACGGAAUGAAGAAGCUGCUUUCAGUCCGUGAAGUGAAUGUUAAAGAACGACGGUGCAUUGUCAUUGAUCCCGACGACCAGGACGUGAGGAUGAAGAUCCACUGGAUUUUGUACAACGUGCAAGACGAAGAUGUGCGAACAGCCUUUGCACCUUACGGAACGGUGACGGAAGUCGCCAAGGAACGCUGGCGCGUUCAGGGAGUCAUGGACAAAGGUUCGUCAACGCGUUGUGUGUCUUUGAAGAUGAAGCCUGGAGUCAUAAUUGAUGACCUGCCUCACCAGCUACGCAUUGCUGGAGAGCAGGCCCUCGUUGUGGUUCCUGGAAGAGCCCCGCUUUGCCUAAGGUGCCAUACUUCAGGACACGUCCGACGGGAAUGCAAAGUUCCCCGUUGCAGUCAGUGCCGUCGCUUCGGCCAUGACCAAUCGCAGUGCGUCAAAACGUACGCAAAUGUCACAGGGCACAUGAGAGGAGAAGACGACUCCGAACUUCUCAUGGAUGCGGACGAAUCCGAGGAGGCAGCGAGAACAGCAGAAAAGAAUACGCCGCAGGCAGCGCCUAACGACGUCAAGGGGGGCGUGGCAGCGACACAGACUGAAGACCAGACCACUGCGUCGAAGCAGGCUGUUGUAGCCCCGAAGAUUGACGCAGCGGAGCUAAGCACAAGUACUGCUACGGAAGCAGUACAUGGAAAACCUCAAGAGGAGGGAGAAGGCAUGGACGUCGUCCAAACAAGCAUGAGUAGUGCCCCAGCAAAGAGGACACACGACAAGGCCUGUGUCGAAGAGGUUCAGCAUCCUUCUGCGAGUAUCGACGAACCACCCCCCAAAUCGGUAAUGCAGCGCCGGCCGACGUUUCGCCCGAAGCCCAACAUCCCGCCGGACAAAAAGCCGGCGAAGACUACACCGACGUAG